CAGGGAGUCCUUCAGGCUGGAGGGGAGGGGAGGGGGGGGGUGGGUUUGUGAUCACCGCUGUCAUUCCCAGCGUUGUCCUGCAGGAGAAGUGGAACUGUGGAGCUUCUUCGUGGCCAAAUGGAUGCGAGUGCGUGCUUGGAAUACUAAUGAACGGCGCGCUGCGUCCUGCCGUGGCGCACCGCGUCCCCUGCUGCUCCUGAGGGUCACAGCAGAGCCGAUCAGUCUCCUAGAGAUCACCGGGGCCUGCAGCCCCCCCCCAACCUUUAGCAGCACCCCAGCCUCCACACAGAGAAUAAAUGAGUGGGUCCUGAGCACCAGAGUUGCUUUUUUUCCCACACUCCUGGAUUAAAAAAACACUCCCAGCUGCUGCUGUGGGGGGAAAAAACGCCAACAUGGGCAACAGCUUCUCCAACAUCUCUGCCUUCCAGUCUCUUCACAUCGUCAUGCUGGGCCUGGACUCUGCGGGGAAGACCACGGUCUUGUACAGACUCAAAUUCAACGAGUUUGUGAACACGGUUCCCACGAUCGGGUUCAACACGGAGAAGAUCAAGCUGAGCAACGGCACGGCGAAGGGCAUCAGCUGUCACUUCUGGGACGUCGGGGGCCAGGAGAAACUGCGACCCCUGUGGAAGUCCUACAGCCGCUGCACCGACGGCAUCAUUUACGUGGUGGACUCUGUGGACGUGGACAGGCUGGAGGAGGCCAAAACGGAGCUGCACAAAGUCACCAAGUUUGCGGAGAACCAGGGCACGCCGCUGCUGGUCAUCGCCAACAAGCAGGAUCUUCCCAAGUCGCUCGCGGUGGCGGACAUUGAGAAGCAGCUGGCCCUGCAUGAGCUCGCCCCCGCCACUGCCUACCACAUCCAGCCGGCGUGCGCCAUCAUCGGCGAGGGGCUUCACGAGGGCAUGGACAAACUGUACGAGAUGAUCCUGAAGAGGCGAAAGUCCCUGAAACAGAAGAAGAAGCGGUAACGACUGCUGCGACAGUGUUUUAUAAGGAAUUCUCCGGGUUCUGCCAGUGUGGCCCUGCACAGGUUUACUUUGCAGUGAUUUAAAAAAGACAAGACAAAUGAUUCAUGGUUUGGAUUAAAGCUGUUCGAUACGGGAGAUGAUCAGGGUCACAUGUGAAAAUGUAUUUGAGGUCUGAGGUUCAAG